AUGAGCGCCCACAGGGCUUCUGUUGUCCCUGAAGUCAAAGAUGGCAUUGUGAAGGUUCUGGGCAGCAAAUUCCUGGUUGGCUUGGGCAAUCUUGCCUUCCCAAUUUUUGUGGUGCACGGGCCCCUUGGCCAGAUCUUCUACAAGAAGGUCAUUGCCACGAAGCUCUUUGGAGGAACUAUGAUGUCACUUUUUGGACCACAGUUUUUCUACGCUUACUUGGCUAUCGUCCUGGUCGCAGCGUGGGUGCUUCAAAAGGCCUUCCUCACCAACAAGCAGGUGAGCAAUCUGUCCGGCAAGAUGGUGGACAAGCUCUCCAAGCUUUUCUGA